GAGCGGGUGUUUUUAAGUUUUGCUCUUCCAUGCCGACGUACUUUCACAACGAUCACCUUAAAGCAUAAUUUUAAAACAUCAGGACUGACUGCGAUCACACCACCCAGCUCGGUGAUGAUGAAGGCUGCACUUGUCGCGUUCAGCUCUCUGUGUUACUUUGUCGGACUGUUGGCUGAAAACGGAAAGCCUCGAGCCAUUUGCCCGAAUCCCACAAUUGAGGCAGUGGAAGGUGCUACAGUCACUCUACAAUGUUAUUUGAAUCCCCCGCACAGCGUGGUGGAUUACGCUCUUGAUUGGACAAGAGAUGACCUCAACAAAGGGGUGUACUCUUAUCGAGGCAAGCAGGAAAAUCCAAAUGACUGGAUGGAUCAAUACAAAGGCAGGUCGACUCUCCACCUUGAAGACCUGAGCAGAGGCAUCCUGACUCUGCAGAUCUCCUCAGUACAGCUGGCUGACAGCGGACCGUACAAGUGUUUUAUCUCAAGACUGUUGACCAGCUGUGUUGUUAAUGUCACUGUUGUCCACCAGAGCAAAAAGAACACAACUAGACCUCCACCAGAUGAGCCGGACAAAGCUGAUGGUAAAAACGGGAAGCUUGUUGCCAUCAUCACCUCCACUGUUGUCGUCGUCCUUGUCUUCAUUGUCGUUGGGGUUCUUGUGAGACGGGGAACGAUCCAGAAACUGAUGACGAGGUUCAGAGGAAGGAGGGAGCAAAAUGCAGAGCUAACAAACGGCUGUGAGCUGAACCCUCUGAGGACUUCAUCAGCAAACAACAACCCCGAUGCAGAAAACAACAUGCAAGUAGUUUAGUGAUGGUCCGGACUUAGUCUGUCUGUCUAAAGUGAGCACUGCAGGGCUCCGGACUUACCUUUCCAUUGGUGCUACCAACUUUCUCAGUUUGUCGCACCACAUGAUUUGGUCACACCCUUGUUUUUUUUUUUCUUUUUUUUUUUGUUACAGUAGGUAACAGCUGAUAAGAAGCGGGGAGGGGCUCUGUGUUUCAGGUGAUAUAUCGGCCCCUGCAAGUUUUGUGUUUCUUACAGUUGUUGCGCAAGCUAAAACUGUGUUGACACGGUAACAACAAUGUGGCAGAUUGCCUUCAAUAUAAACGCAGCCGAUCAUACCUCAACCAAAUCUGGCUAAAUCUACAUCUGUUCCCUGCAGAGGCUCUAGCCACAACCUGAAGGAGGAGCUAGUAAAAAUGACUUUUCGUAUUUCAUAACAUGAAGUAAAAGUAGUAGUAGUAAUAAUAAUAAUACAUUGUUAGUAUUAUAAGUUAUUUAUUAUAAUAAUUAUAUAAUGUGACUUUAUUUUUUAAUUAUGUCACUUUAGUAUACUUUAUAUACGUGUAGCAUCUAACAUUAAUUCCAGUUUCUUUUUUUUCAUUCCUUAAAUGAUUAUGCAAGAAAAAUGCUUUAGCUUACGUGAUGGUUGAGUUAGACUCUAAUUUAUUCAUGCUGUGAUUGGUUGGUUGUCGAAAAGUGACAUUGACGAGCUCAUUGACUUCAUGAAAGUUGUUUCAAGAAAAUUCACCUCAUGCUGCUAAAUAGCCAACUAACCAAACAUAAACCUUCCUCAUCUUCUCCUUGCUGCCUUCUGUCUCACCGCUUCACCUGCCAACGCAUCUCUCCCCCAUUAGGAUUUCUCUUGGUGCCGGUGGCAGCCGGUCAGACAAUGUUCUAAACGGUUAGCGGGGGGUACGGUAGGUUGCGGUUUUUACUUGCACAUAAGGGGCAUUUUGUGAGUGAAAUGGUGGAGCUGCUAAAGAUCACCUUACACUCGCACAAAUGAGACCACAUGAAAUUUUAACUCACACACUCCUAAUUGUUACUUUGCGCUAACGCAAAUGGUGCUCAUCCCUUCUGCUCUCCCUGGACCCCGGUCCGGUUUAUAUAUUCCCGUGAUCUGUUCUGGACCUGCUCAGUUCGGCCUCUCACCCUCUCUUGACUCUCGGCUGUGGUUCCCUUCUGCUCUGCACUGCAGCCACCAACCUGGUUCUGCUGCAUCUAGUCUUCCGGUCUCCUCCCUCUCUUAGUCCUGCACUUGAGACUACUGGCCUAGCCGCCAGAAAAGUUAAACACAACCUUUUGGUAAUAAUGUGCUGUUAUUAUAUAGCCUACAUGUAAAUAAAGGAACGAAGCGCUCUCGCUCUCGCUCUCGCAGUCAGUGACCGCCAUUCAUUAUGUCUCCCCUGUCAGGUUUCUCCUUCACUCGUGUCAUUGCCAAAACUUUUUGGGCAUUCAUCCUUUUGUUGUUCUGCUUCAAUCUCUGAAAUGUAGCCGGUAACACGCCUUGAUUUGAAAGGAGGUGAAAGUAUUGGAUAGCAGGCUGUGUGUGGAUGUAGGCCUGCUUGUAGGGGUACUGGACGAAAGGCUGGAGUAUUCAUCACUAUCAAUGGGAGGCUGCAGGCUUAAAGUGGGCUGAGACUGGCUGAUGGCGGUCAGGCUUUGCUUGUGGAGGUGGUAGUUUGAAGCUAUGUUAAAGGAAGUUUCUGCAGGAGAUGCAUCAGGUGGUGCACUGGUGAGCUCAGAAACUUAUUGGUUGAGUUGAUUAAUGAUCUGUCUGACCUCCUCCGUCUCCAGCAGUAGUUACAUUAGCCUGAGUGGAGUCGUGGCUGCUGCCUUCUGUACUGGCUCUAGGCCUGGUGUGUUGAAAUGGACCAAGGGUCCAUGGUCUUCAGUUCCCUCUACAACUUUGGGACUAAGAUCUGGGCUCCUAAGCAGGGGACAGUUGGAUUAAGCAGCUCUGAAGGCUUUUGCUCAGCCACUGACUCUCCCUGGGCUGAGACUCGAGUGGCUGUACGAGUGCUGUGCUCUUUUUUUUGACAGUGGCUUAGGGGUUGAGCUCUGCCCGUGAAGGCCAACAAGGUUUCUGAAGCUGGUCAGGAGCAGAUUGCGAAGGGAGCGUGUUGCUGGAGGGAGGUGGACUGAGCUGUCAGACUCAUCCCCCUGUGUAUCCACAAUAGAGGGGAGCCUGCGUUCGUGGGUAAGCCUGGGUGACCUUGAAAACCCGCUGAGGUCCUCGUCCUAGCUGUCCUCACGCAGGUUGUAGAUUGUUGUGGAUAUCUGAGGCAAACACACUGGCAUACUCGUGGUAGAGUACCAGCACAUCUUUCAGGUCACACACACUGAUAUACUGAAUGUGAUAGUAUGUCAACGCCUUCUCAUCAGCAUUGGUCUUGAUGACCUGAGUCUCUCUCGUAUUAGCACGUCAGACGCACUGAAAACAGCAUCAAAUUAAAUGUAAUUUCUCCUCCUGUUCACCAUAUUAGUAUAUAAUAGCCUAUUAAUUAAUGAUUCCUGAUUAAACUGUGCAGUAUAGUUAAGGCGUUCUUUCGCAGAAACAGAUCUGUUGACAUUGCCAAAGCCCACAGUGGUCAGGCUGCUGACUGUAAAGAAACGGGUGGUGACGUAGGCUGUGCGCCGUCGGGCCGCCCAUCGUGCUGUUGAUGUAUGGCAUCUCCAUACGUCUGCCCAGCUCAUUGAGCCACCCAGUGUGAGAGGUCCACUCGUUCUAUCUCGUACCAGAUGCAGGCCAUCCAGUGUGCCAGCAGGGCAAACAGACAUUGUAAGGUCAGCACCACGGUGCUGUACUGAAGCAGACCAAGGAGACGCAGCAGGCGUACAGUCUUGAGCAGGUGGGUGAAGGAGGUCAUUGGGAUACAGUGCACUGCUGCCACCUCUGGUAUCAAAGGCUUUUCAGUCACGCUCUGAAGCCAAACUGUCCAACAGGCAGCCAUUUGUUAAUUUUCCUUUUAUGAGUUUAAUGUAGACUUUCUCUUAUCUUUCAAUUAUUCUCUCUCUCUUUCUGCUUGUCUCUGUCUUGACUGUCUGUCAGUCUCUGUUUGUCUUAUUUGCCUGUAUCUCUUUCAGUCUGUCUUUCAUUUCUCCUGGAUCCAUUUCACAAAAGAAACUCAUUUCAGCUUCCAUCUAUGAUAUUAUGCAAUUUUCUAGUUUGUUUUGUAUUUGCAUCACUUUGUCUUACAAAGACUUGGCUUGACAGCAGACUAUUGUUCAAAAUUUACAUUUACAAGUCAAACCAGGCUUUCUGUAUAAAAUUCAUAGCUGGUAACUGGUCAUCUUUUAGUGAAAUUGGGAUGAAAAUACGAAGCCCGUAUGAUUCGCUUGGAACUGAAGGUUUUUGUUUUUAUUUUGGGGGGUGGGAUCUGCACAAAUUAAUUAAAGGGAGCCUGACUGUGACCAGCAGCACAAAUACUUGGGAACAAUCCAGAAUAAUGAACUUUCCUUUGAUGCCAAUAACUGAUUUUAUUUAUAAAAACCAAAAAUUGUUUUUCUCAAAGCAGCAUUAUGUAAUUUAUUAUUUAUUUUGUAAUUUAAUGUAAUUUAUAUUAUUAUUUGGUCCCUCUACAGAUUCAGUGUCAUUCACUGCUGUCCUAAUAUAGCAUAUAUACUUAUACCAACAUUAUUUUAAAGCUGUUAUUUUAAGAUACAUAAUGUUGCUUUAAGGACGUCUUGAUGUCUGGUCUGGUGCAGGUAAGCUAAUCAGCAGGACUGAAAGUUUCCUCGCUAACAUCACGUCCUGCUUGGUAGUUAAGCUUUUCAGCCCAGAUUUCUCUUUUGUGAAACCACUGAGUAGCACUUUGUUCCCCAGCAUUUCUAUGCAGUGUAAGUGGGUUAUAAGACAGUGUGUUAGUAUACAGGUUUUGUCACAUUAAAAUGUCAAACUGUGUUUUACUGAUCUAUCAUUGAAUGUGUUGACAUCAACACUUACCUGUAUACUACUACAUUAGUGUGUACUGAAUGUAUUAAGUGUGUAUACUGCAUAUAAACGCUAAAUAGAGGGACCUGAAGUAAAGAUUGAAAGUAAAUCUGUCACCCUACAUGCAGCUGCUUAUUUAAUGAAUUAGACCUGAUAGUAGACCUCCUUUAAAUUAUUAUUGGAUUGUUGGUGAUCUCCAGAUUACUUUCUUUUUGCAUUACCCUGAAUGUUUUGUGUGAAUGAUUUGUUUUUGUCACAUGGUUAUUUGUUAUCUUUUUGCUGUGCCAACACCAAAGACCACAUUUUCUUAAAGUUUUAUACCAAUUGUGCAAUUUACAUAAAGUCUGGGUUAAU